AUGCAGAACUCUAUGGACAAUCAGUCACUCAGUGGCAGUCCCACGUCCGUUGACUCGUCGCCCCUCAACCCCAACAGCUUCAACAUUAUGCCGGGCUCUGAGGCCUCCACUCGCAGGCAACGCAUUGCCAUGGCAUGCCAGUACUGCCGUCACCGCAAGAUCAAGUGCUGCGGCUCUGCUCCUUGCGCCAACUGCACACGUGCUCGCCGCACCUGCGACUACUCGCCCGUUCCCGAAGAGGUCAACCGUGCGACUCGCGAGAAGAAGGCCGCCGCAAAGGCCGCAAAGCAGUACGCUCACGCUCGUGCAACUCCAUACUUUGUCGACCAGUCGGUCUACUCUAUGCCUUACCUCGCUGGGCCAGGCCCCAUCCGCGGCACCCACGUUCCACCGCGCCGCUCAUUCUCGACCCCAGUCACCUUCUCACCCUACUCACCGAUCCCACACGGCGGCCACAUGACCUCGCCGGCUCACUUUGAGUCACCCUGGUUCUCGGCACCGCCGGUGCCCGUCAUCAGCGUCUCUCCCAUGGUACCCGUCAUGCCUGUGGCCCCUGACCACACCCCAAUGAUGGACGGCCAUGAGGACCCAAACGUCUACGCGAUGUACGCGACCGCCCCAGUCUCGCCCACCGAGUCGGCGGCAAGCACCUCGUACCCGAUGCCAGUCACGCCUGUGAGGAAACCCAUCCUCCACACACCUCCCCACACUCCGUCGCAGGCCUACUUCCAGCCGACGCCCAACCUCCUCACCUACACCCCCCAGCCCUUCCCCUUCUCGCCGUCGCCGCUUGCUCAGUCCGCCUUCUCGACUUCGCCCACACUGUGCCCUGGCCUACCCGUACCGCCACAGAAGGCACAAGCCCCUCAGCCGCCUCUUGUCGGGCUCGGCAUUGGGCUCGCCGGCAACGAGGAGAACACCUACGCUCCUCCCCCGAACGAGUACCUCUCAGCCGGCAACGGCUGGGCACAACCCGACCCAAACUACUUCUAA